AUGCCUGGCCGGACUCGUAGAGUGCGCCUGCUGGCCAUCGCAGUCUGUCUGGUCUUUGUAUAUUUUCUACCUAUCUACUCGCCGCCCGCGAUUCAUUGGACCAAGCAGCCGGAGAAAUGGCCCAUCACGUCGACCAUACAAUUGCCGAGCGGAACACCAAAACCAAUCCCUCUCGUUCAGAAGAAAGACACAAAAGGCGCAGAUAAGCAGCGUCUGGCUGCAGUCAAAGAGGCAUGCAAGCAUGCGUGGAGUGGCUAUCGCAAGCAUGGCUGGGGAUACGACGAGGUCGAGCCCGUAUCUGGGUAUGGCAAGAACUCUUUCAAUGGCUGGGGUGCGACAUUGGUCGAUUCGCUGGACACAUUGUGGAUUAUGGGCAUGAAGGACGAGUUCGAGGAUGCCGUCAACCAGACCAAGUACAUCGACUUUACGACUUCGUCUCGAAAUGACAUUCCGCUAUUUGAGGUUACAAUCAGAUACCUCGGUGGACUGGUUGGAGCCUACGAUGUAUCUGGCCGGCAAUAUCGCGUGCUGCUGGACAAAGCCGUGGAGUUGGCCGAAAUCCUGUACAGCGCUUUCGACACCCCGAAUCGGAUGCCCGAGACUUACUAUUAUUGGAAGCCGAGCUUUUCUUCGAACGGACAUCGAGCAAGCACCAGAGUUGUAAUGGCCGAACUUGGUACAUUGAGCUUGGAAUUCACGAGACUGGCUCAGCUCACCAAAGAACCCAAGUACUAUGACGCGGUUGCCAGAAUAACCGACGCUUUUGAAGAGUGGCAGAAUCAGACUCGUAUUCCUGGGAUGUGGCCCACUACGCUGGAUGCCAGCCUUCGGUCGGUAAGUUCGCAUGGUAUGGAGAGUUUCACCCUCGGAGGCCAGAGCGACAGCACUUACGAAUAUUUGCCAAAGAUGCAUCUGCUUAUUGGUGGGCAAUUCGACCAGUACAAAGACAUGUACUUGGCAAGCAUGAUUCCGUGGGCUGAGAAGGGCCUGUUUCGCCCAAUGACACCCGACAAUCUCGAUAUCUUGAUUUCAGGUGAAAUAGUGUCAGCGUGGGACUACGAUAAUGAAACAUAUUACGAAACGAAGCAUUCCAAGGGCGAGCACUUGACAUGCUUUGCUGGUGGUAUGUUCGCCAUGGGCGGCAAGCUCUUCGACUUACCAGAGCACGUUGAGAUCGGUCGCAAGCUUACUGAUGGCUGCAUCUGGGCAUACAACGCUACCACCUCCGGUAUCAUGCCUGAAGGCUUCAUUGCACUUGCGUGCCCGGACAAAAACAAGUGCGAGUGGAAUGAGACCAUCAGGAAGUACAUCCUGAGACCCGAAGCGAUCGAAUCCGUCUUCUACAUGUACCGCAUCACCGGCGAACAGUACUGGCGCGACAUGGGCUGGAAAAUGUUCCGGGCUAUCGACAAGCAUACGCGCGCGAGGUACGGUCACAGUGCGUUGGAUGAUAUCACGAAGCUGCACCCGGAGCAGCUGGACGGCAUGGAGAGUUUCUGGAUUGCCGAGACGUUGAAAUACUUUUACUUGCUUUUUGACGAGCCUGAUGUUUGGAGUUUGGAUGAUUGGGUCAUGAACACCGAGGCGCAUUUCUUUCGGAGGCCGGAAAAUCCUUUGGGAAAGUGA